GUCGCGUUACAUCUCGCGACGGCGUUGCGCGCGUUCGGCACGAAGUUAGCUGCUUCCCGCUACUCGCGUCCAUCGAUCCGCGGUCGAUCGUCGCUCGCCUGGCCAGCGAGUUUCGGCGCGUCGGAUCGUCGUCGGUGGUGCCUCGCGCGUUUUGUUCGGUGUGCGCGCACGCUCUCGCCUCUCGUUCGUCGAAUCGUCGGCUCGCUCUCGUUCGGCCGAUCGCGGCGGGCUUUUGGCGCCUUCGAGAGGAACAUGUCAGUCGCGAUCGUCGCGUGUUCGCGUACGGUGCGACAAGCGUGCCGUGCGACGCGGCGUGUGACGUGACGCGCGAUGUGACGCGCGAUGUUCGUCGCGCGUUACGCGAGAACGUAACGCACCGCACGACAAUCGAGCAUCGACGAUCGACGGGGGAUCGGCUGAACGGAGGAGGACGAUACGACGAAGGACGCGCGUCGACGUCGCGAUGGGCAGCGAGGCGGAAGCUGCGAACGCCAGCGCCGUGGACUCUGACGGCUCGGUUAGCUGGGAGGAUUUUUUCGGAACCACCACGGAUCUAGUGCCGCAGCUGCUCGGAAUGUUCGACGAACUGGCGCGUCGUGGCGACGGCUACGGCAGCGAGCACGUGGUCCUACCAUCGUCCUGCGACAUAUCCGCGGCCCUACAGAAGCGUUUGAGCCUGGUACCAACUGCCCAUCGAAGUUCCAUAUUCGGCCAGCUUUGCAGUAGCAACGACCUGGCCAAACCCGCACGUCAUGACGACCUGAUAAACAAGGAACAGGAGGGCGAGGAGGCGGACAGCACCGAUAACACCAUGUUGGAGGAUACGGUUGUCUCAGUUACCUCGCUGGAGGACGAGCGUAACGGUGAAACCAGCGAGAAGCCGAUCUACGAAAGGCGGGAGAGUAGCGGUCUCACGCCGUUCAGAUACAACAGGCGACGCAGAAACGGCGGCAGACCGCUCUCCGGAAGUUCGAUUGCAUCCAGCACGUCGUCCAGUAGCUGCAGCAAUCAGGGUAACACCUGUGCUGCCAAUCCCUAUUUGGCGUCUGUCGAGUCCCUCGCCGAUACUUGCGCCAGUUCUCAGGGCUCUGCGGAUAGCGGAGUCGUGACGGUCUCGGAAGCCAGUUGUCGGAUCCUAAACGACGACAACGGCCAGAGGAGGGACAGCGCCGAGGACGACCCGUCGUGCCACAGGCCGCGCUACUGCGAUCCACAUCGCAAUCCCGUCGAGAGGGUACUCUUGGAGAUCGUAGACACGGAGGCGAUAUACGUCGAGCAUUUGCGUCAAGUUAUCCAGGGUUACCUCAUAUUCUGGAGGGAUGAUCCGCUGUCGUUCGCGCGUCACUUGCAUCUCGACGACUUGUUUAGCAAUAUCGAGGACAUUUUCGAGUUUAAUAGAGAAUUUCUGCGGGAGAUACAGAAAUGCAGUUUGGAUCCUGUGUGCGUGGCGAACACAUUUAUCAAGCAUAACUCGGGAUUCAAGGUGUAUACCGAAUACUGCACCAAUUAUCCGAGGACGGUCUCCAUGCUGACCGAUUUAAUGGGCCGGGAGGAGACCGCGUCCGCUUUCCGUGAACGGCAGGCAGCUUUACGACACGCGCUACCGCUUGGAUCGUUUCUCCUGAAACCCGUCCAGAGGAUUCUCAAGUAUCAUUUACUUCUGGAGAAUUUAUCAAAGGAGUAUGACGCCGAAUGUGAUUCGAGAGAGAAUGAGGCUGAAGGCAGGAGCGCCAUCGAGGCUGCUCUCGUCGCAAUGACCGGCAUAGCGCAGCACAUUAAUGCCAUGAAGAGGCGGCACGAGCACGCCGUGCGCGUUCAAGAAAUUCAAUCACUUCUGUAUGGUUGGCCAGGACCAGACCUAACUACAAGUGGCGAAUUAGUCGCGGAAGGUCGAUUCAGGAUGCGGGGGGCUAAGGCCCCAAGGCACGCCUUUCUCUUCGAUCGAAUGCUUCUUCUAACGAAGAAGAAAGAAGGCGGCCUUCUUGUCUACAAAGCUCACAUUAUGUGUUCAAACUUAAUGCUGAUUGAGAGUAUCCCAGGAGAGCCACUUAGUUUCCAUGUAAUACCUUUUGAUAAUCCUCGAUUGCAGUAUACAUUACAAGCGCGCAAUUUAGAACAGAAGAGAGAGUGGACCUUACAAAUAAAGAGAGUAAUAUUAGAGAAUUAUAACGCAGUUAUACCUUCGCAUGCGAGACAAUUGGUACUACAAUUGGGUCAAACGCAACAAGAAGAUGAUGCGUUAGCUGAUAAAGUAUCGGCGAAAAAGCAUUCUGCCCCUCCAGAAUAUUUGGAGAAACGGAAGCAGGAAAGAGAAAGACGUAGGUCCGAAACUGGUAUCAGGCAAAGGUUCAAGAAGGGUGUCAGAAAAUCCGAUACUGCGAUGGAGGGUUCACCUGCAUCGUCGCGAAAGAAUACUGAAGACGCUGUUAUCAACGACUCCAGGGAACAAACUCUUAACAGGUCUUCGGAUAUACGCACCUCAAAAGUUAAGGAUCGCUUUACUGGUUGGAGACGCAAAUCCGAGCCAGGUUUCCAGUCCUACGUAUGUCUCAAUCAGUCGGACGAAGAGCAGAAGGAAGAGAUCGCUACUGACGCUCAAUCUCCAACGGUCGAGGCCAAAGAAACAACCGAGAUCCACACCGAGGAGGAUAACCAGACGGCGCCGUUGAACUCCUUGUCGGCGACCGAAACCAAAGAUAACAAUAACGAACAGCACGCCACUCCAACAGUGCAAACAGUGGAAGAAAUCGUCGGUCACAUUCUCAUGCAGAACCAGGAGUUCCAGAGGCUGCUGGAGAAACAACGUACCAACAGCAUCGUCAACGUGCGGCAGCAACGUUUCAACAAGCGCAUCUCGGCGGACACGUCAGACGAGAGUGACUCGGAGAACGCGAACUACAUCACCAACUCGAGCAAUCACGGCAACAACAAUAGACUGGGCCGCACUCGCGCGACGCAUCGGGAGCAACGUCUAAUUAAUAAGACGAACAACGCGUGGAACUCCUUGUCCUCGGCACCCGCGCGGGAUAAUCAGCAGCCGUUGCAGCUCUUUUACGACAACCUGAAAACCACCCACAAAUCGACAGAAACGAUUGCUCGAUUGACGAAUCACUCUCACGAGAAGCGAGCGCUGUUCGAGGCGUUCAAGCGACAGAGUAUCGUUACCGACAGCAAAGUGAUCAAGACGGCGCUUCGUAUCCGCGAGAAUUCGACGUCGAACGACGAGGAGAUCCUACCGUCGACGAUGUGCGAAUCGGUGGAACAGAAGGAGAUCAAUACUACCGCGAUAACGGAACGAAUCGAGAAGGAUAGUACGGAGCACCGGUGCAACGGCGAGAGGAGUGACGCGAGCGAGGGCGCGAAAGAUGGGCAAUCCAAGGGUUUCGGCAACUACGACAAUCUGCAGCACGUCUGGGAAGGGCUGCGGACAGAGGGGGACGUUGACGGCAAUGACGGCAGUCCGACUCAGCCCGCGGUUUGGCUCACGAAAUUAUGCGAGGGUCUGCCUACUUCGCCGCCCAAGUGCGGUUCGUUGCCGCGCAGCUUCCAGAUAAAUCCAGAUAACUCCCAGCCGACCUGCGUGACGAAGUCGCGCUUCCUACAACGAGACGGCAAACCGAUGAGCGAGCGGCCGUUCACGAUCGCGUCCGACAAGCCGGCGGAAAUUAAUUUGGAGGACAUGGAGAGGUACGCGUCCACGUGCCAGCCGGAGGGCAGAAUCGCCAAGUUCCCGAUGCCCGCGACCUCGACGAGUUCCAGUUCGUCGACCUUCUUCUGCUCGCUGGAAGACACGCGGCUGACCGAUGCUGACGCUUACUCGGACGUGCGAAUGUCCGCUACCGACAGCGCGAAUAUCCAUCCAGACCACAAGAUCUAUCGGGCAAACGGCGGCGGCGGCGGUAGCGGCAGCGCGAUCUUCCGUAAUGUCUUCAAAGCGGGCAGCCGUUUGCAGGGUCGUCUGAGAAACACCAUGAGCACGGAGACACUCGAGUGCAGCGACGAGCUCGAACGGACACGCUAUUUCCGCUCAUUAAGCGCCGGGAGUAAAUGCGCGAAGAGGCAGGCUAAACAAGCAAAGCAGCAUCCAAGAGAACCGUCCUCGGACGUGGAGGAGUUGAUGGGUUGCUCGAGUGUAUCCGAUCAGCGAAUUCCUCAGCUCUACUACAAGCAAGGCAGUUCGAGUUUAGGUGCGAGAAUUGCCCAGUCGGAUUAUGCUGAUCCCACGAUCCUCUUCGCCGAGAGCAAACGCGCUCAAUCUUCUUGUGCCGAGAUUAACCAACCCAAGAAGCCGGUGGACGAGUCGGUGGAUGAAGAUCAUCAAGAGCAAGAAGUAGAAAUCAGUAGCAGCAAGGAUACUGAGCGUCGCGAGAGCGAGACAGAUAGUUUCUACGAGAAGAGCUUUGAGAUUAUCGAAAAUUACGCGGAUGCCGACGUGGACGAAGCAUUUCGGGACAGUGCAAUAUUCAGCGACGUUGAGGAGGUGUUCGUGACACGGCAGCCAGCGGCGCUGACGGCAACGACCAAGGUAAAGAUCGCGCCACCGAUACCCGUGAAGAAGAGACAAGAAGCAUUAUCGAGGAAAUUCAAGCCGAACAUCGCGCAGAAGCCGGAUCAUUUGAAGAUCAGGCCGAUGAUGGCGAAGAAACACGUUGCCGGUGACGGCAAAAUUCUCACGAGAUUUGCCUUGGUAACAAAUGUUACUCGUUCGUCUAAUAAUAAUUACAAUCGAAACACUGAAACUGACAGAGAUGACGUUUCCGCGGGGCAGAGUCAAGCAGGCUGGGUGCGGAAGAUAGUGGGUCAAUUGCAGGGUCACGUCGAAACUUGAUCCGUACUACUCGUAGAAAAAGAUGGCAGACCUAACUGGAGUCCUAUCUAGAAGUUCUUCACAUGUGCCUGGAAGAGUGUUAACGUAAUGCAAUACUAUUAUACUAGAACAAAUUCAUAUCUCACUUGGACGUCGACGUGCACGUGAGGAAGGCGUAUUCACGCUCACGUUCGUGUCAUACUUAGAAACGUAAGAGAUUACGCCAAGUUCUCAAUUAAUACUUACCUAUUAUUGACUGUUGACCUAUAUUAAGUAUUGUUUUUUUUUAUACAUAUGUUAUGUAGGAAAUACAAGUUUUCAAACGAAGCAUUUAUCAGAUCAUUUAGCAUUGAGUUUUAAAAAAACUCGUCAGUUGAAGUGUAACUCAGCUGGAGAAUGCAAAUUCGAUGUAUCUCGUUUAUAUAAAUUUUAUUCUUAACUACUUUUCUAGAGUGUUGAUAUUUUAACAUAACUCUGUGACAUUGCCGUACUACCAUAUGGUAAUAAUUGCGACAUCGACUACAGUACCGUCGUCAUCUCGCAAAUGCAUGGACAUAAAUACAAUACAGUAUUCCGUAUAUUAUAUUGACUGAGUGAUAUAAAUAAGUUAAAAAACGUAUUUUAUAUUGUUCGUUAAAUUUUUGUAUUAUUUAAUUAUAUUGAUUAGUACGAAUCUGUUUACUCAAUAAAAUAUACAGAAUACUAUUUAAUAGUUUUCAUAAAUUCGCUAUAGUUUGUAAUAUGAGCAUUUGAAAUUGUUGAUACGUUUAAGGAAAACGUUAAAGGCUAUAACAAGAUACGAUGCAGAAUGGUAACUAGCAUUAGGACAAUAAGACUACAUCUUACAUUUCCGAAGCCACAGAAUAUACCAUUGUAAAAAAAUUAUUUCUGAGAAAGAGAAUAGUCGAUACAUUUGUAAUGUACAUAGUAAUAUAACAUUUUAUAAAGA